AUGCGGUUGUUGGGCUCUCGGGUAAGGCCGUCAGAUAGGGGUUUUCUCCGGGACGGUCUUAUGCCGGGUUGUGUUCAUAUACCCGGUAACCUGUUUAAAGUUUCGUAUCUACUAUUGUACAGGGUUGGAGUUCUUGGCAGUUCCGGAGUUCUCGGGUUGUGGGGGGGGCCGGCUGCACCCCACUGGGGCGCUUACGUGGGAGGAGAAGAUGCAUCUGAGGGGAGUGCGUUUUGUGCCCCAGGGGUGGUGUGCGCCCCCACUGGUCGUGAGGUCAUGACCCGGGACAAUCAAUGGGCUAUGGGGACCGCGAGCGGGGGGGGCCGGGGCGCCGCAUAG